GUGAUCAUGGAGAAGAGAGAACAGCGAUUGAAAAAAGGAACAUGGAGUCCUGAAGAAGAUCGAAAGUUAGUAGCUUAUAUUAACAGAUAUGGCAUUUGGAAUUGGAAUGAAAUGCCAAAAGCUGCUGGUUUGUCAAGGUCAGGGAAGAGUUGCAGGCUUCGCUGGAUGAAUUACUUAAGACCUGAUAUAAAGAGAGGAAAUUUCAGUAAGGAAGAAGAUGAAACCAUACUCACUCUUCAUGAAAUGCUAGGAAAUAGUUGGUCUGCCAUUGCAAAGAAAAUGCCUGGUAGAACAGAUAAUGAAAUAAAAAAUCACUGGCACACUCUUUUAAAGAAACGCUUGAGAAACAAUUAUAGUGUGCAGAAAUCUGAAGCAGAUCCCAAACACCAAAAUUAUUCUGAAAAUGCAUCAAACUCAUCAUCAUCAUCAUUAACACCAUCAGCUUCUGACAUAACUUCAUCAUCAAGCUCCAUUAAUCUUGAAGAGAAUAAUAAUAGUCUUCUCUCUGAAUAUUCAAUGGAACUAGUUCAGGAUAAUGGGUUGAUGAAUACAGAUCAGAUGUGGCUUCAAGAUUCUUCUAUCCAUGGUUGUGAAGGAACUGAAUAUUCUCUUGUGCGGACUGAUAAUGACCUGCAAAUUAUGGAGCAGGAGAAUUUUUCCUUAUCAGGAGAAUUCCUGCAAUUAUUUGAUCCAAUGGAAGUCAUGGAGGAUGAUUGGGUAACAAAUCCGAUGUGGAUUGAAAGGUCUGCUUAUUCAUACAAUUCCGAUAUUAUUGAGCCUGAAAAUAAUUUCUGGGAUUAUUCUCCUCUGUGGCAAUAAUAUUUGUCUGUCUCAGUUAUCAUCAUGUUAUGUUAUAUC